AUGGAAAGAAACAAAGUAGCGCCAUCUAGAAAGAGGCAGAAAGCAUUAGCUUGUCGACGGUGUCGAUCACGGAAGCAAAAGCCUUCAAUCACAGAGAAACCAACCAAAGCCAGUGUACAGGAAGCCGACCAUGUGAUAAUUGUACAGCAGCGAAUAAGGAAUGCAUCUCAACUGAACCGAUACAUCCAAGCUCUCGAAGAAAGAAUUGUAGAUCUCGAGUCUCAAAUUCCAGACGAUAGGCCAGGGAAUCUCUCUGCCAGCCGGAAAACAACGACGGAGGAAUAUCCAGAUCAAAGAGGCAAUGAAACGGACCCUGUUUCUCAGGCUUCACUUGCGUCAAGGCCACCUUUCCCCCGCAAUGUGCCUCAGGUCAGGGCCUUAUCAGAUUCACAGACAGCGCAAUCUUCUGUUACUCUAGAAUAUUCGGCUCCUUCCCCAUCAUUGGCCUUACCAUCCACCCAUGCAGCGAGGGGCUUGUCAGAUCCUCAUGGUCAAUGCGGGCAUUCCAGCCUGCUGACGGGGAUACUAGCUACUCUCACAAGGAGUGAUCAUCCUGGAUCCUCACAAACACAGCCUGAAAGUCCAAAUGCCCACAUUUUCUCACAGUUCGCAGAUCGGGUAUUACAGGCAGAUCGUGUCCCGCGGCUUUCAAAUGAGGCAUCUGAUCGCUUGGUUCAAAUAUAUCUGGAAAGAGUUAACCCACGAUAUCCCUUUCUCCAUCUCGCUACUUUUCUCGGCUGGUACGAAUCAUGGAAGGCUCAUUCGCAGAUGAAUAGGGCUAGACAUCAGCAGUCUUUAUGGAAGGACUAUUUUGUAACCAUGGUGCAUGCUGUUGCCCUACUUCUCACGCCUCAAGUCUCGGUCGAUGACAUUGCCAUUUCUCAAUCUUUGUACAACUCUGCCAUGGAAUAUCUUGCCCACGUUUUCGCGCAACCCGAUUCUGUUCUACAUGCCCAGGCAUAUCUUCUUCUGACUUUGCAUGCACUCCAUUCUCCAUCAUCACAUAUGAUUGUCACCAUUGUCUCUGCAAUGAUGAGAUACUGUGUCAUGGCCCAACUUCACUUAGCUGAGAGCGAGCCGCAGGUGUUAAAUCCCGCAUUUUCUUUAGAGGUCCAAACCCGCCGCCGAGUGUUUUGGUCUGCUUAUGCUUUGGAUCGGUUUAUCAGUUGGAUUUACCACAUUCCCAACAAUAUAAUUGAUGAACACAUUAGCGUGGAGCUUUUUUCAAAUGUCGGAGACGCGGAUCUUCACCACGAAGGAUCAGAGAAUAGUUGCGUUCAAAUAGAAACACCAUCGCAGAAAACACAUGUCUCACCAGCACUUCACCUAUUCCGGUGCAGGCGUAUACAAUCCCGGAUUAUCAGCACUAUGAUGCGGUCUGAUUUCAAAGAAAUCGAUGCCUCAACAACAUGGCGAGAACACAUGUUGGGCGAAUUAGACUCCUGGAGGUCUCAAUUACGGCUAUUGAGCGAUGUUGCCUCCAAAAGCUACACAAGCGAUCGAUGGGUUGGCAUGGCUUACAAUUAUACGAUCCUCUUGUUACACCAGCCAACCAAAGCAAACGUCUGUAAUGGCUUUGGGGACCGAUCAGUCCCAGCCUGUGUUCAAAUCGCUAUGACAUUUAGGACUUUUCAAAAGGACCGACAGACAGCACAACUAUGGCCUGGGCUCUUGAGUCAAGUCGCCGUAGGUAUCACCCUUCUAUACUGCUUCUGGGCAACUCCGCCUCAACAUCAAACCAUCGCCUACCGAUCACGAGAAGUCCCAGAAGCAUUACGCGCCUGCUCGACCGCACUGGCUAUUCUCGCUGAGCGAUGGGUUCAAGCUGAACCUUUGCGCGAUGUCUUCGAUGUUCUAGCAAAAGAGGUCCCACUCUACGGAACGACGGAGGAAGACCCGCUACCGAGACGUAUUUCGGCGGAGUCUACUUCCUACAUCCAAUCCCAGAUGCCUUUGCUCACAUCAAUCAUCAUGCAUCGAGGUGUUUUGCGCAUGAUACGCGAGAUGACUACGGAGGAUUUCCCUAGAAAUCUAAAUGAGGAGUUCCACCACCAACCGCCGGCAUCGCAUGACCAAGCUAUGCUUGGGAGUUUGAGUGGUCACAUGUGCUCCGAAGAGUGUCCGUUUUUCCGUGAAGCAGCUCAUCCUGGAUCGAUGACUGACAUGAAUGCUUCGGCUUUUUCUCCACUUGAGAAUGGGGUUGGCUGUGCUUAUGGGGCUGACGACGAGACACUCAUGUUUCCACUCCUCUUCGGCUCAGCGGAAUUUUGA